UCUUCAAUGAUAAAAAGAACAAGAAUAGAAAGAAGAACAAAAUCGAAGUGAAAAAAUGUCGCAAAUUUUUAGCAGAAAAACAUGAAAUAUUGCUUACAAUUUUUACCAAUCCUGUGAAAGGUUCACCAGUUAACGUUCAGACAUGAAUAUCAAAUUUGAUACCAGUGAGUUUACUCGUCGCUUGAAACGAACGUUCGACGGAAACCUAUCGUAUCGAAAACUUUUCCUGUUGCUCUUUUUCGUGGCUGUUUUUCUCUUGUAUAUCGGACCAUCCUUCCUGCGAUGGCUAUUUGGACGUAGCGAACCAGCCAAAGAUCACACCAUACGUUGUAUGGACGACCGGCUAACGCCCUUCUACCUGCAAAACUUGGAAUUCAAUGUAAACAUUCGACAUCAGCCAGCUUUCCCACACGAACAUGACGCAAUUCCGUAUGUGGGCAAUGGUUUCUUCGGGCUGGAAAUUCAACAGGACGCAAAUUUGAACGUAUUUCGCGGACGUGCCUUGCAACAACCGGUUAACUAUCAUCCGAUUGUGAGCGUUGCUACUGGUGCCGGCUUUGAAACUCAUCGGGAGGCCACCGUUGUAGAAUAUUUGAGUGGAAUCGUGCACCGAUUUCAGUGUUUCUCGGAAGGUUACUUUGCGUCCUAUCAGUAUUAUGCCCAUCGGACGAUGCCGUCAGUGUUGGUGCAGGAGAUACAGAUCACGAAUACAAAGAAUCAAUUGAUGGAUGUGGAAUUGACUGUUCCGAGGAUUUCCGAUUGGCCCACGGCACUUACCAAGAGCAUUAAACUCCAGCACGGUUCAACGAUUUUGGAUUAUCAGGUCAUUACUGGUCUUGUUGAUGUUGCGGCCAGCGGGAACAGCGACAAACGUGUCCAAGUUGUGUCUAUUGUAGCUCGUAAAAUGCCGCGUAUUUUAACGCUGAAAAAACGAGGCACGACAAAGUUGGAGCUACUGUUAGCCAUAGACUAUUCGGAACCGAUAGCAAAGGAAAAAUACCCGGCCCAGAAGGAUUUGACGGAGCAGCUGGCAAUUGAUGCAAUGAACAAGGCGCUGCAGGCAGCGGAACAUGGUGAGCAUAAUGCCUACUAUGCGUUUAAGCGGGACCAUAUCAAAGUUUGGAACAGCUUGUGGGAGACUGGAUUCCAUAUUAGUACUUCGAAGGCGGAAAAUACGUUGAACGGGAACGACAUCAAUGCAACGAUGUACGCAGUAAUUUCUCAUGCCAGAGCUUUUGAGUAUGAGAAUUUUAGCAGCGCUCAGAAGAAAAUGGAUAUUGCGAAGGCGCUGACAUACGCCGAAGGUUGUUACGACAGCUAUCACACCUUACAGGCCGAAAAUCUAUGGAAGAAGAUGGGCAACCUGGAAGAACUAAAUGCUGUGGUGGCCUCCUGGAUGUUGACUUUGGAAAAACAAGGAUGUCACAAUCUGCUCAAGGCUGGCGCCAGUGGAAUUGUUCAAGCGAUGGUUCUCAGCUUCGGUGGAUUUCGUUUCAGUAACCAGCAUUUGGAGCUAAAUAUACAUCCAAAGUAUCUCCAUCGGGACUACGACUUCCGCCGGUUGAACUACGGCAACAUGACUCACGUGAACGUUUCCAUUACCGUGCGGGACGAUAAUAAAGCGGCUCUAUUCGUUGCAUUGGAUCGUUCCGAUCGUAACUAUUAUGCCUGCGAUGCUGGUUGUUUGGAUACUCCAAUCCAACUAGGGCCGAUCAGAACCAUAUUUCCCGUGAAGGUAACCGAGCCGUUAACUUCGAUUCUGUACAUAACAUCGGACAAGGCACACAUGGAAGAUCUCCGCCACGCGAUCCAUGUGAAGGAAGUGAUGGAAGCGCCCGCUCACGAACAUCACGUGAUCGCACUGCACAAACAUGGUCACUCGCUAGGAGGGUUGCCGACGCUUUUCUGGGUUUCAAUUUGCGUCAUCAUCAUUGUGUUCCACGUGUUCCUCUGCAAGCUGAUAGUGAAGGAGUACUGCGAACCGCCGGACAAGAUGCGCUAUCGGUAUAGUAAGCCGUAGGUUGAUUUAAGGUUUGGCUUGUGUUGGUAGGACGUGUAAGCGUUGUUCUGAAAGAACGGAGCUAGAUGCAAUUUUACAAGUUCGCAAUAAAUGAAACGAACAGAA